AUGGGCCAGUGCUGCUGCAAGCUUUAUUACUGCCUUCAGUGCCUGGACAAGACGAAUGAAAGUGCCCUUGUGAAAGAAAAGGAGCUAUCAGUCGAGCUUGCAAACAUCAGGGAUGAAGUUGCUCUCAACACAGCAAGAUGUGAGAAAUUACAAAAAGAGAAGGAGGAACUGGAAAGAAGGUUUGAGGAGGAGGUGAGGAAGCUGCAUUGGCGACAGCAAGAAGAGCUGCGUGCCCUUGAGGAGAGGUUGCAGUUACAGUACAGGGGCGAAAUGGACCUCUUGCAAGAGGAACACAGACUUCAACUUGUGAGGAUCAAGUGUCAGCACCAAGAACAGGUGGAAGAUAUUUCAGCCACUCACGAAGCUGCAAUGUUAGAGAUGGAAAACAAUCACACAGUUGCCAUUGCAGUACUCCAGGAUGAUCAUGACAACAAAGUUCAAGAACUGAUGUCUGCCCACGAACUGGAAAAGAAAGAAUUGGAAGAGAGUUUUGAAAAACUGCGGCUUUCACUCCAGGACCAAGUAGAUACCCUCACCUUCCAGAGCCAUUCUCUAAGGGACAAGGCAAAGCGAUUUGAAGAGGCUUUAAAGAAAAACACUGAAGAGCAACUAGAGGUUGCACUAGCUCCAUAUCAGCACUUAGAAGAAGAUAUGAACAGCCUGAAGCAGGUUUUGGAAAUGAAGAAUCUGCUAAUUCAUCAACAGGAAAAGAGGAUCAUGGAACUGGAAAAGCUGGCUGAAAAAAAUACAAUAUUGGAAGAAAAAAUUCAGGUGCUGCAACAGCAGAAUGAAGACAUGAGAGUCCGGAUUGAUCAAAAUACCGUUGUGACAAGGCAGUUAUCUGAGGAAAAUGCUAAUCUUCAAGAAUACGUGGAGAAAGAAACCAAGGAAAAGAAGAGGUUAAGCAGGACUAAUGAAGAGCUGCUUUGGAAGCUCCAGACAGCGGAGCCCAUGAGCCCCGUUAAACUGUCUCCUACGUCUCCUACACCUAUUUAUCGCUGUUCAUCGGGGCCUCCUACUCCCGCAAAAGUCAGCACGGUGCCAAGAUGA